CACAGAGAGGCGUUUACACUGCAGGUGAGUCAGACUGUAACAAACAGAACGUAAACUUUACUACAAAUGGAAAUUGUAAACUGUCUAUUCAUAAACGUGAAACAAGAGCUGUGCGUAUUUACACAGCUGCUGUUGAGUGCCACACGUGCGCUCUAGUCUUCUGCACGAGACUCUUUUGAGAAGUACAUAGACUGUUGACAAACUGUGUUUAAUCUUCUCUUGCUUGGAUGUGGAUGAUGAUGAUGUGCCGUUUGAGAACGUUUGGUCGGAUUAAUGCCAGAAUGGUGGAGUUUAUUGUGGAAAAUGUCGCAAGAAACGGUGCACUGGGCUUGUACAGUGAUAGCAUGCGACAGGUCUCACAACAGAGCCGGUGUUUGGGUCACAGUGCUUCACAACUUUAUCUCAGCAGAGCAACUACUGAAACCCCAGAGGGAGGUAGGACAGGGGAAGGUCUUUUUUCAGGUCUGGAGGAUUUGCUGUUCCACACCAUAACUGAUGGGCAGGACAGGAUCCCCAUCUCUCUUUUCAUAAGUGCUAUUAAAAGCACGGGCCUGCUGACGUCUGAUCCCCGUCUGCGGGACUGCAUGGACAAACUGCGGCAAGCUGUACGAGAAUCUAAUGGUGAUGUCAUGAUGGAUCGCAAUCUGUUUCGCAGGUGUGUCGGUGGAAACAUUGUCUUGCUCUCCCAAGCUUUCCGAAAGAAAUUUAUCAUUCCCGAGUUUGAGGCGUUUGUUAGUAUCAUAAAUCAGAUCUAUAACAGAGCUAAACAGCAGCACGAAGGUCAAGUAGCAGACUAUAUUCCACACCUCGCCAAGUUCAGUCCCAGUCUUUGGGGAAUUUCACUGUGCACAGUUGAUGGUCAGAGGCACUCAACAGGUGACACCAAGGUGCCAUUUUGCCUGCAGUCAUGUGUGAAGCCACUGGAAUAUGCCGUUGCUGUACAUGAGCAUGGAACUGAUCACGUGCACCAUUAUGUAGGGAAAGAGCCCAGUGGGCUAAAGUUCAACAUGCUCUCCCUUGAUGACGGUGAUAAACCUCACAAUCCCAUGGUGAAUGCAGGAGCAAUUGUAAUCAGCUCUCUUAUCAAGCCUGGGGCCAACAAAGCAGAAAAAUUUGACUAUGUGAUGGACUUUGUGAAAAAAAUGGCAGGCGAGGAAUAUGUGGGCUUCAGUAAUGCCACGUUUCAGUCAGAAAAGGAGACAGGAGACAGAAACUAUGCAAUAGGCUACUACCUGAAAGAGAAAAAGUGUUUUCCUCAUGGGGCUGAUAUGAGUGAUGCCCUAGACUUUUACUUUCAGCUGUGCUCUAUCGAGGUGACAUGCGAGUCAGGCAGUGUGAUGGCAGCCACACUGGCCAACGGAGGAAUCUGUCCCAUCACAGGCAAGCGAGUACUGAGCUCUGAGGCUGUGAGGAAUACACUCAGCCUCAUGCACUCAUGCGGCAUGUAUGACUACUCUGGCCACUUUGCCUUUCAUGUGGGAUUGCCUGCUAAGUCAGGGGUGUCAGGAGCUGUGCUCUUAGUGGUGCCCAAUGUGAUGGGGGUCAUGUGCUGGUCACCACCUUUGGACAGACUGGGGAACAGUGUACGAGGCAUCAGCUUCUGUCAGGAACUGGUGUCCCACUUCAACUUCCACAAUUAUGACAAUCUGAGACACUUUGUUAAGAAACAGGAUCCACGUCGACAGUCUGGUGAUGAAAGGAACAAGUCUGUGGUCAACCUCAUGUUUGCGGCUCAUAGUGGUGAUGUUUCUGCCCUCAGGAGGUUUGCAUUAUCAUCUAUGGAUUUGGACCAGAAGGACUAUGACCAUCGUACAGCGCUUCAUGUUGCUGCGGCAGAAGGCCAUGUGGAGGUUGUGCGGUUUUUAACACAAACAUGCAAAGUGAACCCCUUUGUGAAGGACAGGUGGGGAAACAUUCCCCUGAAUGAUGCACUACAGGCUGGUCAUGACAGCAUCGUGAAGAUUCUGCAGAACUAUCAGCAUGCCUGUGAGGUUAUCGCAGAAACAAACAAAACUGACUCUGCUGCAUGGCAGUAAAUGACUGCCAUGCAGCAGAUAUAUAUAUGAGACGUUUAACAUUAUAUUUGACAGCAGAGAUGCUUAUCUCACAUAACAGAUCAGAAGAGGUAAAAGAUCUCUAAUCUGCUGUUUUAGUUCAUUGACACCAUUGUGCUGAAGUCACAAAGUGUGCGUUUAAUCAUGCUGCUGCUUGGGGUUAUGGUAAUGGAUUGUGUGAGGAACUCUGAUUAGUUGUACACAGCAUGUAUGCAAACAUACGUCUGACCAUACUGGGCUGUGACAAUACACUAAUGUACUGCAAGGAAAUCUAUAAUAAUUCUGCUAAUUAAUGUUAUAUUAUGCCACUGUAAGUGUCGCAUAACCCAUAAAAUAUCACACGCACAACAAACAUACAGAACAUUUAACAAUUUCAUUAUUGUUCUAUAUUCUUUAAGAUAUUUCUGUGUAGAUUGAAGCUUAAAUGUUCAACGUAGUCUCUUUAUAGCUGUUCUGACAAACAGAGCAGCUCCAUGAAGUCACAUCGACAGUCUGAUUUUCUUUCCAGUUAGGCUUAAUCAGUAUCUUGAAAGCAAAUGUCACGUUUUGGUGUCAGAUAAAAUGGCUGUGUGUGCUGCAUUCUUUAUAGCACUAAAGAUGGCGGGAGCAUGUUUUUUUUUUUCCCCCACAGUGUCACUCAGUGCCCUAGUGCAUGUUGUUGUUAUGCUACAUUAAAAUUAGGUUCUUCACACUUUUAGUAAGAAGUAACGCAUAAGAAAAUAUGUAGUACAGUAGACAAACAAGUGAAGAUACUGAUAUAUACGCGAUGACAAAUAUAAAGCUUUAUUUCUGUAUAAACUGGCAUUCAUGACAUACAGAACAAGUCAUGUAUUAUUGAACAGACUGAUUAAGAAGCAAGUUUUAAUUCAGCAGCUGACCUUCUGUAAUGGUGACUCGGUAAGUAAAGGUCCUGACACAUCAUGGCAGACGUCACCUGUAGUUCUGGCAUCGUUUCUUGUGCUUUUUGGCUGAUUGAGCAUGUUGAAUUGCUGUCAGAGGGCAGUGUUUACUGACUGGUCGUUCAGCCGAGUGAAACAGUGCAGGAAAAUAUAUAUGAAGUGAACACAGCAAAGAAAUACGCUGAAAAGGGAUAUAGGUUAUCUAACUUUUCACCUGUUCUUAAUCUUUUUUUUGUUUGGAAAAUGGUCAAAUCAUUUGUUUAGUUACAUCUUGAAUACUGAUUGUGUAUAAACAUAAUGAGUGUCUGGACUGUAAAUGCUGAGCAAGCCUAUUGAACCCUUAUUAUGGCAAAAAUUAAAGAUCUAAUUGACUUCGUUAUAAGGACUAUAUGGCAGGAGUGUCGGUCACAAAGAUGGCUCAGCUGGCUGUGUUUCAUUAGGAACAGGAAAUGUAUUCCUCCAUUAUCAUCUAUGGGAAAGACAUCUGUAACUUAC